ACGUCACUUGAAGCGCCCUGGCUGGUAGAUCUGGCAAGGAGAGGGAGAAAACGACAGAAGUACUGUAAAACAGGGCUAUCAGCUCUCAAAGUGAUAACGGUCCGUCUACAACAAUAGAUACAGGCACAGGCAUCUCACCACACCGGACUAACCUCUUGUGGAAGAAGGAAUAUAACAUGACCAGAGUAAACGGAUAAAACCAGCCACUCUUCAACACCCAGAAUCAUAUGAUGAAAAUGAAACAUCUGCAUCUUUAAAUGCUUUAAACAGGCCAAAAGUAGAUCACAGACCUUUCGAAAUUUACAAUAUUUAAAAGAUUGAAUCAGUCCAUAUCAUCCUUUUCUCUUCACUCUUGCCCUUCUUCAGUCAAAACCGCCAUGUACGGUAGUGGCCGAUCCGUGGGCAAAGUGGAGGGCAACCACAGCGGGGGGAGCAAUCAGAGUCCCGGCCGCUCGCCUCGUCUCCCUCGCUCGCCCCGUCUGGGCCACCGCCGCACCAACAGCUCAGGGGGUAGUGGACUUGGAGGUCCAGGUGGUAAAACCCUCUCCAUGGAGAACAUCCAGUCUCUCAACGCUGCCUAUGCCACAUCCAGCCCCAUGUACCUGAGUGACAACGAGGUGGUGACGUCUGGCCCGGACCUGCCUAAGAGCACUAUGACGCUGGGCCGCUCAGGAGGACGGGUGCCUUAUAGUGUCCGAACGACCGUCAUGGGAUCCAGCCCAAAUAUCUCCACCGGGGCUCCCGGCUCCGUUUCAACUGAUGCUAUCGCUUUUGGAGACCACCACAUGCCUUCCACCCUUGCGUCCACUGUGCCUCAUUCGCUGCGCCAGGCGCGGGACAACACCAUCAUGGACCUGCAGACCCAGCUCAAGGAGGUGCUUAGGGAGAACGAGCUCCUGCGGAAGGAGGUGGAUGUGAAGGAGAGCAAACUCAGCUCUUCCAUGAACUCCAUUAAGACCUUCUGGAGCCCUGAGCUGAAAAAAGAGCGCGCCCUGCGCAAGGAUGAGGCGUCUAAGAUCGCUGUGUGGAAAGAGCAGUACAGAGUCGUCCAGGAGGAGAAUCAGCAUAUCCAGAUGACCAUCCAGGCCCUCCAGGAUGAGCUGCGGAUCCAGAGAGAUCUGAACCAGCUGUUUCAGCAGGACUCCAGCAUUUGUCCUGGCGAGCCCCUGACCGCCGAGCUGACUGAGGAGAACUUCCAGCGGCUGCACGGUGAGCAUGAGCGGCAGGCAAAGGAACUCUUCCUCCUGAGGAAGACUCUGGAGGAGAUGGAGCUGCGCAUUGACACGCAGAAACAGACACUGUGUGCCCGAGACGAGUCCAUCAAGAAGCUCCUGGAGAUGUUGCAGAGCAAAGGGCUGUCGGCCAAGGCCAACGAGGAGGACCACGAGCGGACACGGAGGCUAGCCGAUGCCGAGAUGCAUAUCCAUCACCUGGAAAGCCUUUUGGAGCAGAGAGAAAAGGAAAUGGUCUUGCUGAGGGAGGAUCUCCACCGACGAUUUGAGGGAGCUCCAGAAUCUGCCAAAACCAAGGCCCUGCAGACUGUCAUUGAGAUGAAGGAUUCUAAGAUCAGUUCUCUGGAGCGCGGUCUGAGGGACCUGGAGGAUGAGAUUCAGAUGCUCAAGUCAAACGGGGCUCUCAGCACAGAGGAGAGAGAGGAGGAGAUGAAACAGAUGGAGGUCUACCGCAGUCACUCCAAGUUCAUGAAGAAUAAGGUAGAGCAACUGAAGGACGAACUGGCACAGGGCGAAGAUCUGAAAAAGCAGGCGGCUGAGCUUCAACAAGAGGUGUCUGCCAUUGACCAGGUGAAGCAGAAUCUCUCCAGGAAGGACACUGAGCUCUUGGGCCUGCAGACUAAACUGGAGACGCUCACCAAUCAGUUUUCUGACAGCAAACAGCACAUUGAUGUUCUCAAAGAGUCUCUCACUGCCAAGGAACAGCGGGCUGCCAUCUUGCAGACUGAGGUCGAUGCUCUGCGUUUACGUCUGGAGGAGAAAGAGGCUACGCUUAAUAAAAAGAGCAAGCAGAUUCAGGAAAUGUCAGAGGAGAAGGGCACACUGAAUGGAGAAAUUCACGACCUCAAAGAUAUGCUUGACGUCAAGGAACGCAAGGUCAAUGUGCUGCAGAAGAAGAUUGAGAACCUGCAGGAGCAGCUGAAGGAUAAGGAGAAGCAGAUGACCAGCCUGAAGGAGCGCGUCAAAUCCCUGCAGACAGACACUUCAAACACGGACACGGCCCUCACCACGCUGGAGGAGGCCCUGGCUGAGAAGGAGCGUAUUAUCGAGCGUCUGAAGGAACAGAGGGAUAGAGAUGAGAGAGAGAAGAGCGAAGAACUGGACAGCAGCAGAAAGAGCUCAAAGAGCUGAAAGAGAGAGUUCAGCUUACUGCAGG